AUGUCUGGCACCACGGCAAAUAACCAUCUGGACCACAGAUACGAUAUACAAGAGAAAGACGAGGGCACAAUCGACAACAGCAAACUUGAAAGCGAUAUUUCAAGUGACUUUGAUGAUAGUCAGCAUGACCUUAUUACCAUGUCAAAAGAAGUGAACAGCCAUUCCCGAGGUCGGACAUGGUUGAUCGUUAUCGGUCUUCAGCUGGCAAUGGUCUUGGUUUCCAUUGACAACACGGUGCUUACAACGGCGAUGCCAAAGAUCAUAUCCGAUUUGCAAAGUAUGGCCCUUUAUUCUUGGGCAGUCACCAGCUACAUCGCGACAUCAAAUGCUUUCCAACCUAUAUUUUCCAAGCUCUCUGAUAUCUUUGGUCGCAAGUAUAUCAUCAAUUUCGGGAUUGCCAUGUUUUUCAUCGGAUCCUUACUAUGCGGCUUUGCAAAGUCCAUGGCUUGGCUCAUUGUAGCUCGAGCCAUUCAAGGUAUCGGAGCCGGCGCGGUAUACAUCAUUGUCGCCGAUAUUGCACCAUUACAUAAGCGGCCCCUUUAUCAAGGAGCUAUACAAAUGUGUGCCACUGCCGGGUCAAUUUGUGGCCCAUUCAUUGGGGGUUCCUUGACCGAUUACAUCAAUUGGCAUGCCAUCUUUUUCAUAAACAUCCCUCUUUGCAUUAUCAUCUUCUCCUUGAUUUCAACCUUCAUGCAUAUACCAAUUGAGAAGCAUGAUUGGAGGAAAAAGUUGUUACUCAUUGAUUAUUUCGGCAGUAUCCUUAUUCUUUGUUCGUCGAUUGCGUUCACCCUAGCUUUAGCCUUGGGGAGCCAAGAUCAUGGAUGGGGAAAGCCUAUUGUCAUUGUCCUUUUCGUCAUGACAGGCAUCUUUUUGGCUCUACUGUGGUUUGUGGAAUGCAAGGUAGCGGUUGAGCCUAUUUUACCUCCAAGGAUAUUCACGCAAGGCCGAACCAUGUUAUGCAUUAUCGUGAUUCAAUUCAUCUUUGGUGGCGGUGUGGGAUCGUUUGCCUAUUACAUGCCGCUGUUUUUCCAAGUGGUGCGUGACAGCUCUGCCAUGAUGUCUGGUUUACCAUUGAUACCAAUGCAACUUGCCGCUAUCGCCACCACACUCAUCGUAGGAUGGCUUGUAUCACGAACAAGGCUCAAUAAAGCACCACUCCUUGUUGGGACCUUGCUAUUUACUACCCUCUAUGGUCUUGUCCAACUCUUUGAUGCCGAUACCCCUUGGUCACAGGUAUAUGGAACCAUUUUCGUCGGAGGUGUUGGAAAUGGAUGCAUCUCCGGAUUAGCAAUUGUCACAGGGCAAUCUGCUUUAAAGGAUCAAAAAGAUACAGCUGUGGCUACAGGUUUGCUAUCGUAUGUAACCAUGAUGGGAGUAGGUGUAAGCGUCCCAGCAGGAUCGGCUUUGCUCAAUGCCAUGCUCAUACAAAAGCUUCCUGAAUUCGUACCCAUGGAUUAUGUAACACGUAUUUAUAAUUCACCCGAGUACAUUCACCAUGGUUUACCGCCACGCUAUGUGGAAGGUGCUAUCAAAGCCUAUGUCAACGCAUUCCGUGCACUAUGGGGCAUGAUGAUGGGGGUUGCUGCUAUCACCGUUGUUAGCGCGCUUCUCAUUAAACAAUGGUCGUUGCCUACCAACAACGUUGAAGAGCCCAAAGUCGAUGUAGAAAAAGUCCAACAAGAGCUAUAA